UCACUUGAUGUGUAUUCCUCAAAAUCCUUUAUCUUUCUGUGAAGUCAUCAUUUGAAGUUACAAAGUAUCUCACUAUGGGUAUCAAAAUGAGUCCGCUUAUUCAAGGUACUAGAAUCUUGAGGAGGUUUUCAAAUUCCGGAGGUGUUCCAAAAGGACAUUGUGCAGUAUAUGUAGGAGAGAGCCAGAAGAAGAGAUUCAUCGUGCCAAUAUCAUACUUGAGCCAGCCUUUAUUUCAAGACUUGUUAACUCAAGCUGAAGAACAGUUUGGUUUCGAUCAUCCAAUGGGUGGUCUCACAAUACCUUGCAAGGAAGACGUGUUUGUUCAUCUCACAUCCCGCUUGAGAUCAUAAAUUGUAUCAAAGUGCAAAUUCUCUUGCACAUGAAAUUUUGUAGAGUAGUAGACUUAGAUAUUAGAAA